GUACGUAAGAAGUAUAAAGCGUCCCCGGGACCGGCCAGUAGCGACCGCGCGCCGGACCGAAUCCGUUCCAUUCCAACACAAAAUCCGAAACGGAGUCUGCAAACCGUAAUCCGAAUCCGUUUCUCUCUCCCCUUUCAAUUUCAAACCGCAGAUAAAUAGACCGGAGGAGAAGCCCCGCUGAUAUCACAAACCCACCAAGCUCCCAUCGAUCGCCUCCGUGAUCACAAGAAGAAAAUUCCCCGAGAUCCGCCAAGACCUCGCUCGCCGCCGCCUCGCCGCUGGCGCCGCCAUGAUGGACCCGGAGAUGAUGCGGGUGGCGCAGGAGCAGAUGAGACGGAUGCCCCCCGCCGCGCUCGCCGCGAUGCAGCAGCAGCUCAUGUCCAACCCGAGCCUCCUCCGCUUCGCCACGGAGGGCAUCAAGACCCUGACACCCGACGACCUCCGCCGCGCCGGGGAGCAGAUGAGCCGGACGAGCGCCGAGGAGGUGCUCGGCAUGUCCCGGAGGCUCGCCGCCGCCAGCCCGGAGGAGCUCGCCGCGACGAUGAAGAACGCCCAGGCCGAGCAGCAGCGCGCGUCGUCCUACGCGGCGGUGUCCGGCGCCAGGGCGCUCAAGGACCAGGGCAACGCGCUCUUCAGGCUCGCCCGCCACGCCGACGCCGCCGCCAAGUACGCGCUCGCCGUCGACAACCUGCGGAGCGUCCCGUCGUCGGCGUCGCGGUCGCUGCGGGCGGUGUGCGGCGUCAACCUGAUGGCGUGCCACCUCAAGACCGGGAGGCUCGCCGAGUGCGUGGAGCUAGGCUCCGAGGUGCUCGGCCUCGACCCGGGCAACGUCAAGGCGCACUACCGGAGAGGGCAGGCGUACAGGGAGCUCGGGAGGAUGGAGGCGGCCGUGGCCGACCUGAGGAGAGCGCACGAGCUCUCCCCCGAGGAGGACGCCAUCGCCGACGCUCUGCGAGACGCCGAAGAGAAGCUCGGGGCUCCCAGAGGCCUCGUCAUUGAAGAAAUCGUCGAAGAAGAAGAAGAAGCACAAGGUUCAGAGAUACUACCAACCAGUGGGGCAACUUCGUCUUCAACCUCUGGACACAGUGUUCCAUCGCCAUCGCCAUCGCCGUCUGCUGCUGCUGCGGCUGAGAUGAUGAACUCCAUGGGGGACCCGGCGAUGGGGAAGAUGGUCGCGUCCGUGGUGCAGGGCAUGGAUCCGGAGACGGUGUCGAUCAUCGGGAAGCAGUUCGGGGUGGACCUGUCCAGGGACGACGCUGCCAGGUUGCAGGACGCCAUGAAGAAGCUGUCUCCGGAGAACCUGGAGAAGGUGAUGGGUUGGGUGAACCGGGCACGGCGCGCGGCGGAGGCCGCGAGGAAGGCCAAGGAGCUCCUCCUGGGCAGCAGGAGAGGCUGGCUGGUGCUCGCCAUUGUCGUGCUCGUCCUCGCGUUCGUCCUUCAUCACCUGCUCGGGUUCAUCGGAGCGUGAUGCGAUGGUGGCCGAUGGCCUGGCACUGCAUGCUUAGUGCUAGUAGAUGUAGAUUUGAGUGGCUGUAAUUUUUCUUAUUCUUUUCUCGACGUAAUAGUCGAGUAUGAAAUAUUCGUCGAGUUCUUGUGUUUAUGGAGCUGAAGGAAUCGACUAUUAGAAUUGAGCUAGUAUAUUCAGUUUUUUUUUAUCAGUUCUAACCUUGGUAUAUUCAUGCAAUUGCAAGGUGCCUCACAUGCUUCAAAAUAACGUCAACAUAAUCCUGAAACCAAUAGUCUGGUGCUCCUCUGAAAAAAGUAUGAUGAUAUUCAGUCACUCGAUAUUUAUCACGGUUUCGACAUAAGAAAUCUGAAAUUCAAAUGUAAUAUAAAUGUAAACUUUAGCUAUAUUCAUUGCAGUAGCCAGUGCCCAGUAGGGAGAAAUCCUUACAUCUGCUAGGGAAGCGCUAAACUAACUACAUCAUCCAAACGUCAGCUUCUCCAAGCUAGCGAAUUUACAGGCCGUAUUUUUAUGUACUGAUAUAGUACAGCAUAAUACAAAGUGGAGGCGACAACCGCCUACAGAUAUACAGAAAUUCCUCUCUUGUCAACAGCCUCUUUCCUCGUGGAGCCUUUCUAUACUGUACAGUAAAAUCAGAUCGGUGUAGUAACAGAGUUACGACAUGUUGCUGACAUCUCUAACAUUAUAUAUCUACGAUGUCAUGGGAACAAUUCUCCUGCUGAACAUUCAUCAGCACUCAUGGAUGACUGACGCUCAGAACCUCUUUGGGGAGCCGUAGGGGCUUUGGACCUUCAACUGGCUGAUAUCCUGCCAGGUAUCCGAA